UACCUAUUUAUGUUAAAAGAAAAACAUGUUAGAAUAGUUCCGAUCAGAACACACCGCGACGUCUGUUUUCAAAUUGCGGUAUGGACACCCGAAAGUCAAUAAACAAUAUAUGUCCAUAUUUAUGCCAAGAUUAAUGUCAUUUCAUAAAGACCUAAACAUAAAGAAUAGGCCACAAUGAUUAUCAUUUUCCAGGGGAAACUGCCUAUAACUGUGAAAUGGAACUUCUAGAUGUUAUGAAAAAUUUAACUAUAAAACAUAAUUCUAAUGAAAAUGAACAACAAAUAUUUAAGUCAGUAGCUGCAGAUAUAGAUGAAAUUUCUACUGAAAUAGUUUUUGCUGAAUAUUCAGAUAGAAUGUUAAUUAUUAUAUCUCAGUAUCAGAAAAUUGGAAGUAUGUUGUUGGUACAGAAGGAUCAAGUUCCCAAUCCCCUAGGUACAAAUGAUAUUUAUACAACAAAGGUUAUUUUUGGUGCCACAGGGGAAGAGCAGCAGGUAGCAGCAAGAUAUUUGGCUGAAGCGAUCAACAUAACAAAACCACUUUGCAUUUUCAUAAAUUUAAAAUCAUAUGAUAUUGAAACAGUCAAAGCCUGCAAAGACAUAAUAUUAGAUCUUAAGAAAGAAGAAUCAGAUUAACAUGUCUUCAACAAGCAUUAAAAAAUUUAAACCUGUGCAUAAAUAUUAUGGUCAACUAGUUCUUGGUCCGCCUGGCGCUGGGAAAACAACAUACUGUUCAAAAAUGGGAGCAUUGUUGAAGAAAUUGGGAAGAAAUGUUAUAAUUGUAAAUUUAGAUCCAGCCAAUGACAUGAUGUCUUAUACACCAGACAUAGAUAUAAGAAAAUUGAUUGAUUUCAAAAAAGUAAUGGAUCAAAAAAAUUUGGGGCCUAAUGGAGCGCUGUUAUAUUGUAUGGAAUAUCUAGAAAAAAAUAUAGACUGGCUUUUAGAUAAAAUUGAUAAUAAUAAUUUUACAAAUUUUAUAUUUGAUUUGCCUGGUCAAGUAGAACUUUACAGUCAUCAUGAGAGCCUAACAAACAUUUUUUCUAAAUUGACUAAUGAUAAAAAUAUUCAGUUAUGUGUUGUUCAUUUGGUUGAUUCACAUCAUUGUUCAGAUGCUGGUAAAUUCAUAGCAGCAUUAAUGUUGUCACUCAAUGCUAUGCUAAAAGUAGGUUUACCACAUAUAAACUUGCUAACAAAGGUAGAUUUGCUUAAGAAACAUAAGGAUAAAUUACAUUUUGGGAUUGAUUUCUAUACUGAAGUGUUAGAUCUUAAUUAUUUGUUGGACUGCUUAGACGCUGAUAUGUUCACAAACAAAUAUAAGAAACUGAAUAGUGCCAUUGUGUCAAUUAUUGAAGACUAUAGUUUAGUUAGUUUCCAUCUUGUUAAUAUGAUGAAUGAAGAAAGUUUACUUGACAUUAAAAAUUUAGUUGAUAAAGCUAAUGGAUAUGUUUUCAAAGCAGAAGAAGGUAGGCAUAUAAAUAGUAUGUUAGCGUGUGCAAUGGGGGUAGAUAAACAAACAAACAUUGAACUUGAUUAAUGGUAAUAAUCUAAGAGACUCAUUAUACUAAUUGAGUAGUACUAUAUUCUUAAAAUUUUGUAACUGUUUGAUGAUAUGAUUUAUAAUGUAGAAGAUUCAUUAUACUAAUUGACUAGUACUGUAUUCUCAGAAUUUUGUAAUUAAAUAUUUGAAAAUCGUUUUAAACAUAUUUUUAUUUAUAUAAAUAUUGUUAUUUACGUGUAGUUAAUUCUAAAAUUAAUUACACGUAAAUAACAAUAUUUAAUUAUUCGAUAUUUAAUUAUUAAUAAUUCAUACGAAUAACGAAAUUGCGCGAAUUUAAAUUAUUUAUGCACCGCUACUAAGAACAAAAUAAAAAUUAAAUGACAGAUAUAUUGAUUACUUCCUAGUUACGUCAUUAUAUAUUCCAGAUCUUGUGGUACCAGAUAAAAUAUGAUAAUUUUUAUAAGGUUUUAUGCAUAAUUAAUAGUAAACUAUGAAAAGUUUUAUAAGUUCAGAUUAAUGCAUACUGCUUUAAAAACUCCUUAGUCUAUUCGGGUGGCAUUAAUAAAGCGGUAUUUUUAUAUCGUCAAAUAGCCUAUUGAGAUUUACAAUUUCAUAAAUUGAUCUACACAUAAUAUUAUUUUGGUGCACUGAAGUGUCUAUUAUUCUUUUUACAUGUUUGUAUUAGAAUCACUUUUUGUCAGUGCAUUAAACAUUGGUCAUUACAUAUAGACGUAUAUGAAUCAUAUGCGUAUUUUUAUAUCAUGAAUACAGCACCGAAAUGAUAUAUGACUUCAUUAUUAUAGCGCCUAAUGUAUAAAAGAUAAUGAGAAAUUUGGCAACGAUAUUAAAAGUACACCAUUAGCUUCAUUUAUAUAGACAAUGGUAAUCCAAGUAUGCAUUAGAUGGGUUAUGAAAAUUAAUGAAGCAAGUGAUAUGUGUAGAGGUUCUUUGGCACUUGAUUCUCUGCCUACCUCGCAUAAAGAUAUAAUAAGCUAUAUAUAUUGUAAGUUCAGAUUUAUAUUAAAUAUGAUAAGUAACAUCAUUACAAACUGCGAUUCUAAUAAUAUUUAUUGUACUAUUAAAAUGUUUAAUAGAUAAUAUUGCAUUAAUUUUAUUACACUAGUGUAAAGUAAUAAUAGUUUAGUAUUAUACAGUGUAUUACCUUAAUGUGUUACUAUAAUUGUCACAUAUUUUUCAUCACAUCUGCCCUUCAUACGCUGUUUUUUACCCAAUGGUUAGCUGGUAGAGAAUGCCAUAUGGCAUUAAGCUCGCCAUUUGUACAAAGUUUUAUUGUGCAAUAAAGAAUAAAUAAAUAAUAGAUCACAAUUCUCUUAGCAUCUUUUUCCAUAGAAAUAAUCUUUGACAAACUAAAAAAAUUCCAACCAACAAUAGUAUAUAAUAAUAGGUAUGUACCCAUCUUGUACUAUGUAGUGCCGUUGGUACAGAUUUUUUUCUAGA